AUUCGAUAGAUUCGAUAAAUUUUGUACAUGUAUAAAGAGUGUUUUAAUAAUCUCGGAGUUCUGAGAAAUUUAUAAAAGACAUAUUUUCAAUAUUAUUAUCAUAGAUUUAAAGUGUGCAAUCUGAAAUAAAAUCUGUCAAAGAUAAAUUGAAAGACUAACCAUGUCAGGAAUAUUUGAACAAAUCAAGUUGCUUUAUGAUCAGGCAUUAUACUCAAAUGUGAUCUCUCUAACAAACUUGGUGCUCUCUCUCAGCGAACAUAAUACUGAUAUGCUACCUGGUUACACCAAGUUUCAUGUGUAUGUCUAUUAUGCGGAUGCUCAUUUUUAUUUAGGCAAGUAUCGCAGAGCUGAGACUCUGUAUAAAAAGGCUUUGCAAUUUCGCAAAUGUCUGCUAAAAUCUAAAGGUACAGGAAAACCUUUAUUAGAUGGACAAAAGGACCUACCAUCAGAUGUCAACAUUAAAUAUCAAAUCCAUCUAUGUCUCGUGAAAUCCAAAAAUCUGCAGGAAGCAUUGCAAGUAUUGCAGAGCAUACCUGGCAAGCAGCGUACUGCCAAAGUGAAUAUGGCACUGGCCAAGAUGUUUUAUGAACAGGGAAUGGAGCGAUCUGCCAUUACUACAUAUAAAGAAGUCUUAAGGGAGUGUCCGCUAGCUCUGGAAGCAGCUGAAGGCCUCCUGUCCUUAGGAGUGAAAGGUGUAGAAGUUAACUCUCUGAUUGUCAACUCUGUUUCUAACUCGAUGAAUUUGGAGUGGCUUAACACAUGGAUCAAGGCGCAUGCUCAUAUUCACAAUAGAGAAUAUACUCCUGCUGUGACUGCAUUGAGAUCGUUAGAUAAUGUUGUUCUGCUUAGGGAUAAUUUCAAUCUAUUAACUAUCAUGGGAGAAUGUUAUUAUUAUGCAGGUGAUGAUAAAAAUGCUAUGAUGUGUCUAAAAAGAGCCCGAAUUAUUGAGCCUGAUAUAACAAAAGGAGUGGAUAUAUAUGCUGCAAUUCUAUAUAAGAUGCACUACAUCAAAGAUUUAGAAAGAUUGAUACCAGCGAUAACUGCUAACAACGAAUGUACUGGCGAGAUCUAUGUGGCUAUGGCGUACUCUUUAUAUGCCGCUAGAAAAUUUAGUAGAGCAAAUACUCUUACUGCUCAAGCGUUGAACUUGAAUCCUAAUGAUAUAGAGGCCACCAUAUUACGCGGCAACAUUUUCAUUGAACAGAAAAAAUAUCAGGAUGCGUUAUUCUUUUUCAGACAUGCAGUGCAAUUAAAACCCUAUAGAUAUGAACCACAUAAAGGCUUAGUAGAUUGUCUUGUAGGAAUGCACAGAUUGCGAGAAGCUUUGAAUAUCGCCAGCAGUUCUUGCAAACAACUUGGGCAUACUGCAAGAGUCCUAACGUUAUAUGCAUCUGUUUUAAUGAAAGAUCCUGUAUCAGUGAGUAAAGCCAAGAAUCUUCUUGAAAAGGCAUUGUCCCAAGAUGAAGUCUAUUUACCUGCAGUGUACCUGCUCGCGGAGAUAUAUGAACAAGAGAUGAAUUUGGAAGCAGCUAUUGAAUUGCUUGAAAGACAGGUGGAAAAUAAUUCCACUUGCAAACUUCAUCAAACUUUGGGAGAUUUGUGGGCAAGAGUGCACAAUGAAGAGAAAGCUCUAGAUCAUUAUGCCAUAGCAUUGAAUUUGGAUCCGAGCAAUAGAAGAGCUCUAGAGGGAAUGCACAGGCUAGACAAUUCCUCCAGUAAAUUGGAUUCUGCUUACUAUAUGACUGUUGGUGAGGAACAGACUGAUACAACUUAUGAUGUUGGUGAUGGCUUACCAGACACGGAUAAUGAUGAGGCACCUGAAGAGAGUGAGACCGAAGCUAUUUGGUCAGAUAUGGACUUGGAAGCCAAUAGCCAGUAGUCAUUCUGAUUAUAUAGAGAUCAAUAGCCAGAGGAAAUCAUUUGAUCUUUCAUACUGCUUGAUUAAUGAUUGAUUAGUCAAUUUCUUAAAAAAGGAUCUUGAAAGGAUAAUUAUAUACAUAAGUGAAACGAGACUGAUGUUUAUGAUUAAAUGCACUUAAUGGAAUAAAACAAAAAGUAUAUCCUUUUUUUU